AUGUAUGCUGUGACUGUUAGUGAUGAGGGUGACUGUUACCGGUGUUUCCCGCCCGACCCGGGUAUUGGUACUGCUGCGUCAGGUGCCAGUGAGGCUGCUGCUCUAGGUGCCAGUGCGUCUGUGCUCUCAGGUACUAGUGAGUCUGCACUCUUAGGUACUGUGUCGGCUUCGGCCUCCCACACCUUCACCCUUGACUCUGGGGCGUCUCGCUCCUUCUUUCGGGACCGCACCACUCUCACGCCGCUUAGUCGGCCGGUUGUGGUGUCCCUGGCUGACCCCUCUGGGGGUCCUGUCCUGUCUCGUUUCUCCACAGUCCUCCCGUGUCCGGCGGCUCCCUCUGGCACCCUGACUGGUCUCUACCUCCCCUCGUUCUCUACAAACCUGGUGAGUGGUGCUGACGUACAGGAUACGGGUGUCCACCAGUUCACUCCUGCUCGUCAGCGGGUGACACACUGCACAGAGGCUAGCACAGGUCGCCACCUGGCUACGUUUACACGUCAGCCAGGGUCGAGCCUGUACACACUGACCACUGCUUCUCCUCUAGGUGCUGAGUCUGGUAGGGUCUCUUCGUCUUGUCAGGUGUUUGCUGCAGCAUCCAGGUCUGGUCCUGAGUCUGCCCCCUGUUCAUGUCGCCGUCUGUCUCACGAGACCCUCCUCUGGCACCACCACCUUGGCCACCCCUCUCUGCUUCGGCUCAGAGGCAUGGCCUCCCGUCUUCUUGUGUCUGGUCUCCCCCGGUCCCUCCCUCCCCUUCCUCACGGCCGUGGCCCUGCCUGUGUCCCCUGUGUCGAGGGGCGCCAGCGUGCUGCCCCUCACUCCUCCCAGUUUCCUCCGACAGAGGCUCCGUUGCAGACGCUUCACAUGGACGUGUGGGGCCCUGCCCGCGUCCGUGGACUCGGCGGAGAGUUCUCCUCUGGCCUUCUGCGUGCAUGCUGUCGUGCGCGAGGCAUCCGCCAGACCUUCACGCUUCCGGACUCACCACAGCAAAAUGGGAUUGCUGAGCGCCGCAUUGGCAUGGUCAUGGACGUAGCUCGUACGUCUAUGAUGCAUGCGGCUGCCCCCCAUUUUCUGUGGCCGUUUGCUGUCAGGUACGCGGCGCAUCAGAUCAACCUCCACCCCAGGGUCUCCAGGCCGGAGACCUCCCCAGCCCUGCUGUGGACGGGGAAGGUUGGCGAUGCGUCGGCGUUCCGGGUCUGGGGAUCUCGGGCGUUUGUCCGCGACUUGUCUGCGGACAAGCUGUCCCCUCGCGCUGCUCCCUCCGUUUUCCUGGGGUUCCCCCCCGACGCCCCUGGGUGGCAUUUCUACCACCCCACCUCUUGCCGUGUUCUGUCCUCCCAGGACGUCACGUUCGACGAGUCGGUACCCUACUACCGCCUCUUCCCCUACCGCACUCCGUCUCUCCCCCCACCCCCGCUCUUCUUGACGCGGUCGAGCCUGUCGAGGUCGCUGGUGACUCUGGUGCUGCUGUGGGUGCUGAGCCUGGGGGUGCUGUGCCUGGGGGAGCUGAGCCUGGGGGUGCGGGGUCUAGGGGUGCUUAGUCUGGGGGUGCUGAGCCUAGGGGUGCUGAGCCUAGGGGUGCUGAGCCUCGGGGUGCUGAGUCUGGGGGUGCUGAGUCUGGGGGUGCUGAGCCUGGGGGUGCUGAGCCUGGGGGUGCUACGCCUGGAGGUGCUUUGCCUGGGGGUGCUGCGCCUGGAGGUUCUUCGCCUGGAGGUUCUCCGGGUGCUUCGUCUCGCCGAGAGCCACUCUCCUCACAGGAGCUGCAUGAGUGGUUUGCUCGGCGCUGGAGGCGUGCUGCUGGUGCUGGAGGUUCUUCUGCUGCUGAGGGUGCUGCUGCCGCGGGUCCCGGAGGUGCUCGUACUGGGAGUACUGGAGCUGCUGGGCCUGCGGGAUCGCCUGGAGCUGGUGCUGCUAAGGGUGUUGGCGCUGAGACUACCACUGGUGGUUCGACUGGCGGUGCUCGCGGUGCUGCUGGAGGUUCUGGGGCUACUGGAGGAGCUGCUGGGGGUUCUGGAGCCACUGGAGGUGCUGCUGGAGAUGCUGCUGGAGCGUGUACUCCUGCUGGGGGUAAUGUCACUGCUACAGCCUGCCUCCCCUUUGCCUGCUCCUUCUCCCUACGCUGGUCCGACUGGAGGUCUUACUGAGCGUCGUGAGCCUGCGUCUCGUCCUGUGUCGCCUGUUCGUACUGCGCGCACUAGUGGUCGCGGUUCGCGUCAGCGUCCGCCUCCUGUCCCUGGCACGCACCGGAUGUCUCUCCGUCCGUCCACUGAUCCUCUACGUGCCUCUUUGCCUUCUCCUCCUUCUUCCUCUCUUCCUGCUCUUGCCGACCCGGAGUCGGACUCUCUUCGUGCUGCCAGUCCUACUGUCACGCGUUUCCGUGCUACUGCUGUCACUGACCCUUCUUUCGAGUCUUCUGCUGCGUCUGCCCUUGUCACUGAGCUUGUCGACUUUGCUGCGCGCUGUCGUCUAGACUACGCUGCUGGUCUUGUCGCUGAGUCUGAGUCUACCUGUCCUCCGUCCGUCGGGGGUGAGUGUGCCCUUGGCACGGACGUCCUUGAGGACAGGCAGGAGGAGUUUCAGUGUCUGGCCGCCGCCUCACCUCAUCUCGCGUCUUUACUGCUAGCCCCUGAGGGAGACCCGGAUGCACUAGACAUCCCGACUCCGCGCUCUUACGCGGAGGCGAUAGAGGGUCCCUACUCCUCUCAGUGGCAGGCAGCUAUGGAUGCAGAGAUGGCUUCCUGGAAGUCCACAGGCACCUACGUUGAUGCUGUUCCCCCUCCUGGGGCGAACAUCGUCAGUGGCAUGUGGAUUUUCAGGGUGAAGCGGCCGCCGGGUUCUCCGCCUGUCUUCAAGGCGCGGUACGUGGCUCGUGGUUUCAGUCAGCGGCAGGGAGUUGACUACUUUCAGACCUUCUCCCCCACCCCGAAGAUGACCACUCUUCGGGUACUGCUGCACGUUGCUGCUCACCGUGACUACGAGCUGCACUCUCUCGACUUCAGCACUGCUUUCUUGCAGGGCAGCCUGCACGAGGAGAUCUGGCUGCGUCGCCCACCUGGCUUCACUAAGUCUUUCCCUCCUGGUACCCAGUGGAGUCUCCGGCGUCCAGUCUAUGGUCUCCGCCAGGCGCCGCGUGAGUGGCACGACACACUGAGGACUACGCUUGCGGCUCUUGGGUUUGCUCCCUCUACUACCGACCCGUCGCUGUUUCUACGCACCGACACCUCUUUGCCGCCGUUCUACAUCCUCGUGUACGUCGACGACUUGGUCUUUGCCACAGCUGACACUGCUGGACUCGCCUACGUGAAGUCCGAGCUGCAGAAGAGACACACGUGCACUGACCUGGGUGAACUGCGCAGCUACCUUGGCUUGCAGAUCACCCGGGACAGAGCACGCCGCACCAUUACCCUGACUCAGUCACACAUGGUGCAGCAGGUCCUUCAGCGCUUCGGCUUCACGUACUCCUCGCCUCAGGCCACUCCUCUGCCUACUCGCCACUCGCUCUCAGCUCUGCCUUCGGAUGAGUCCGUAGAGUCGAGUGGCCCGUAUGCAGAGCUUGUUGGCUGCCUCAUGUACCUGAUGACCUGCACACGACCUGACCUUGCAUACCCUCUGAGCAUUCUUGCACGCUAUGUUGCUCCUGGGAGACACCGACCAGAGCACAUGGCUGCAGCGAAGAGGGUGUUGCGCUACUUGUGCAGUACGUCGGGCAUGGGGCUAGUGCUUGGAGGGCGGAGUCCAGUGGUCCUCACUGGACACGCGGACGCCUCUUGGGCUGACGACCAGGCUACGCAGCGGUCGUCACAGGGUUACACCUUCAGUCUUGGUUCCGGCUCUGUUUCGUGGCGGGCUACCCGCUCGUCUUCCGUUCUCGGCUCGAGUUGUGAGGCUGAGAUCUACGCCGGGGCCAUGGCUGCACAGGAGUUACGCUGGCUCACCUACCUGCUGACCGACCUUGGAGAGCCGCCUCGUUCUCCUCCAGUCCUGUACGUAGACAACAAGGCCAUGCUGCCCUUGUGUCAAGAGCAGCGACUGGAGCACAGGACAAAGCACAUUGCUCUCCGCUACUUUCUUGCUCGUGAGCUACAGCAGCGUGGACAGUUGCGACUUGCGUACGUGGCCUCUGAGGCCAACACUGCUGAUGUCUUCACCAAGGCACUUGCACCUUGUGAUCAUCAGCGCUGCUGCACGCAGCUGGGCCUUGUGCCUGCCUUGCCUCACUUGCUCACUUCUUGA